GUGCACUGUAAAUUGUUAGGCAGUGAUAAUGCAUGUGAUUUGAUGGGAAAUUAGAAUUUAGACAGAGAAGUGGGAAUGAUUUAGCUGAGAAUAUGGAAAACAAUGAAUGAUCCAGCUUUUUAGUACUGAAGAUACUUGUUAUAGUCUACAGAAAAUAAAAGACUCUAAAAGAGAGUAAUUUGAAAGGACCAGACUAGGAAGUAUAUUUCUGUUUAUUGUUGCUUCUUUUUGUAUCUCUUUAGUUGCCCAACAUGUUUGGAAACUUGCGUUCUACUUUCAUAGCCCUCUUGAUUGGCUCUUAUGCUUCUUCUGCUGUUACUUUUCCUGGAGUUAAGCUGAUCUAUGAUGCCGGAGUUUCCUUUAUCGUUAUCAUGCUUGUCUGGUCAGGCCUGGCUUGCCUCAUCUUCCUCAACUGCAUGAUCAACUGGCCUAAGGAGUCCUUCCCAGCUCCAGAAGAGGCCAACUAUACGAAGAAGAUCAAACUGAGCAGCCUAGCUCUAGAUCACAAGGUGACCGGUGACCGAUUCUACAUGCACGUGACGGCUGUGGGGCAACGGCUAAGCCAGAGGGAGCCGCAGCUGGAGAAGGGCAAAGAGGCACUCUACCCAUCAGUGCAGGACCUCUGCCAAGGGCCCACCAAAUCUGCCCAGCGCUCCAUCCCCUUCUGCCACAGUGUCUGUUCUCCCAUCUUUCUGUGGAGCCUCAUCCUAAUGGGCAUGACCCAGUUGCGCAUCAUCUUCUAUAUGGCAGCCAUGAACAAGAUGCUGGAGUUCCAGGUGACAGGUGGCGUGGACCCAGUGCCAAAAGAAUUGGAGGAUAAAGCCGAAAAAACAGUCAGUGUCUACUCUUCCAUCUUUGGUGUCAUGCAAUUGUUAUGUCUUCUCACUUGUCCCUUCAUUGGCUAUGUGAUGGACUGGCGCAUAAAGGAUUGUGUGGAUGCACCAGGCAAUAUAAACCGUGCUGGAUCUAUCAAUCCUGAGGGGAAAGGAAUUCCACCUACAGUCCGCUACCUUAAGAUCCAGAAGCUCACCAAUGCUAUCCGAGCUUUUGUCACCACCAACCUUCUGUUGGUUGGGUUUGGUAUCACCUGCUUGAUCAACAACCUUCCUCUGCAGUAUGUGACCUUCAUUCUUCACACCAUGGUGCGCGGCUUUUUCCAUUCUGCCUGUGGAGGUCUCUAUGCUGCUGUGUACCCUUCCAAUCACUUUGGUACAUUGACUGGACUCCAGUCUUUGAUCAGUGCCGUAUUUGCUCUCCUUCAACAGCCACUUUUCAUGGCUAUGGUGGGGCCAUUACACGGGGAUCCCUUCUGGGUGAAUCUUGCCCUCCUCAUCUUCUCAUUUAUGGGCUUCCUGCUCCCCUGCUAUCUCUUCUAUUACCGCUACAAACUUAUCCGGAAGCAAAUGGCCAAAGAUGGUGCUCCUAUGAAAUUCCAGGACAAUGCAGCUGCCAAUGGUUUGCUGAACAACGAUGCCACCUCUUUAUAAAUCAGGCUUGGGGAAAGUGGGGAGUUGUGGAUGAUGGAGAACAGAAUGAGGAAUUGGUGUGCCUAACAGAUGGAGCAAGGCGCCGUGAGCAAAGGGAUGAGACAAUACUGUGAGAACAUUACAUUUGGGAACUAUGAAAAUAACUGAGGUGCUUUUAAUUCUCAACAAAUGCCUAUCUAUAUUUAUAUCUAUAUUUUUAUAUAUAUAGAAACAAAACUCUAUUUUUUUGCAGGGUAUUUUGAAAAGCUCAGUGAUUUUUAAAUAGACAGUUAGAACAUCAGUCACUAAGCAUUGCAGACCAAGAAGCAUUUAUGAAAAGAUCUUGGAUGAAGAAUUGGCGGGAUGGAGUACCGUGUCUAACCUUAUAGCACCUUAGGUAGCCCUCGACAGUCAUAAUUUUCCAGGAUUGUUUGGCCCUGGGGAGGAAAUGGACUCUCACCACUUCCUUCCUCCCUGCCUGAUAAUUAUGGCAGAGAAAAUCAGGGAGUGACUGCAAAACCCUACAAGUAAAUUCAAAGGAUUAUUGUUUGCCAACAGUCCCAGGGAGUCCCUUGUGACUCUGUUCCCCUGGGUUUUGGCAACUAAUGUUGGGGUGUCAAAAAAUUCGAUGCUGUGUUAGUUCAUUGCUUGGUAAUGAAUGCUGCAGGUUGUGCCUUAGUCCCCAAUGCUGUUUUGAGCUUUAUAAGACAAGCCACCUCCCCAUGAAUUGUCCCCCAGAGAUGAAUUUAAUGGCCUUUUGAGUGCUGUGAAUUUUCCCAGAUAUUGUUCUUUGAUCUGUCUUGAUUGCAAGUGUGACAAGGUUUGUUUCCCACAGAAAUGUAGGAAGGCAUUGAUUUAACAAGACUUGUGUCAGAAGAAUAGAAGUGCCAAUUUUUCAUGACUGACUUUCUGCCUGGGCCUUUCCAAAAUAAAUUUUAAAAUCCUAGCAACUGGAUUUGCGCUGGUAGAUCCCAGCCAAAUGGUUUAUUUAUUUAUAUGGAAAUUGUAUUGCAGCCUUUCUAUUAAGAGCAGGCUGUGGUUUUUCUUAAACAAAAUAAAGCCACACAGUAAUUCAACAAUAAAAUUAAACAAAUUUCUGUGCAACA